GAGUUUUUGUUGUUUUGACGUUCCAAGGUCACGGCCGUUGGAGUCGUGGGGUGUUGUUGGCCACCACCAUAUCUGGGGUUGGUCAUGUCUGUGAUUAUGGGGAAAGAGGCGAGUUUGGAUGGAUUAGAGUUUGAUGGCGACACAGUUCUGUGCAGGGUGUGCGGCGAUAAAGCAAGUGGCUUUCAUUAUGGAGUGCACGCGUGCGAGGGUUGCAAGGGUUUUUUCCGGCGGAGCAUCCAGCAGAAGAUCCAGUACCGGCCAUGCCUGAAGAACCAGCAGUGUAACAUCAUGAGGGUGAAUCGCAACCGGUGUCAGUACUGCAGGCUGAAGAAGUGUAUAGCUGUAGGAAUGUCCAGAGAUGCGGUGAGAUUUGGAAGAGUACCAAAGAAAGAGAAGGCGCGCAUCAUUGAACAGAUGCAGAAGUCCAAUCUGGCAAUGGUUGCCACGGCGAUGACGUCAGUGCUGAGUCAGCAAGAUCUUGUCCAGUCAGUCAUCCUUGCUCACCACCAGACCUGCGACCUUGGGCCACAGAAGGUCAAGGUCAUGAGGGAUAUAUCUCUGCUGCAGAAUGACUACGUCGACUGCCCGGCUCAGAUGGCCUGUCCCUUGAAUUUCAACGCGGGAUCUGAUAACACGGAUAAUCAGGAUUGGACAGAUUUCUCAGAGUUCUUUGCCCCUGCCAUUAAAUCGGUGGUGGACUUUGCGAAGGCUAUCCCAGGAUUCCUGCUACUGAACCAGGACGACCAAAUUACUCUGCUAAAGGCUGCCACAUUUGAAGUUCUGCUUGUUAGACUGGCCUGUUUGUUUGACACGGAAUCAAACACGAUGAUGUUUGCAAAUGGAAAACUGUUCAGACGACAAACAACUGGGCUGUCUACCAGCGUCGGCUUCCUUCUCGAUUCCAUGUUUGACUUUGCCGAGCGCUUCAACAAGUUCAACCUGACCGACGAGGAGCUGGCUCUCUUCUCUGCUGUAGUUCUACUGUCCCCAGAUCGUCCUGGCCUGCGCCAGCUAGAUCAGGUGGAGAGGAUCCAGAGCAAGUUGACAGAGAGCCUUCAGAACAUGGUGAACACCAACCACCCUGAGGACAACACUCUGUUUGCCAAGCUACUCAUGAAGACUACCGACCUACGGACACUUAAUACUCUGCAUUCAGAGAAGACCGUCGGCCAGGGUGACAAGGGAGAAGAUUUAGACCAGGGGGAGGGGGACGGCAGAUCAGGUGAUUCCACGCCUACAGACUCGAUGUCGUCAGUGACAACAUACAACUCGUGUUCCACACAAGACAUUUCCAUGUACGACAGCAACAACUCUCUAAUCCACCCAUCUGUGAGAUACCCCGACGCAAGCGGCAGUCAGCCUGCGCAGGUUGUUCUGAAGACGCCGUAUGGAACUUUCUAUCGCGAGGACACAGGCUACUACGGCAUGGUAUCAGACCAGCCGCGGCGCAGGUGCCAUACGUUGGACCGAGACUCGCAGAUCUCACGCCCUCGACUUCACACUAUCGAGGAAGGCUCACGUAGACGCUACACCAUGGACCGAGAUUAUAUAUCAAAAGUUGUUGGCAAGUUGAGUGACAGGCUCGAGUCACGUACUCACGUGAAUAGCAUGCCAUGCUCUGUGAAUAACUCAAACGCUUCAUCUCCCUUGCCUAUCCUGGAAGAGCAAUACUCGUUCAUCAACAGAAACUUCAUCCCGAUUUCCACGCCAGAUUCCAGUGCAUGCAGUUCAAGGACGAGUCCGUCACACCCAAUACAUAAAGACAUGCUUCAGCCGUUUGUUUCCUCGCCAAAUUCACCGUCCCGGCCCAGGUCUGAUUCCUUCGGAGCGGAGGAUGCGUCUCAAAUGCGACCGCGCUGUGCCAGUUUCCACGUCAACACGGAUACUGUGAAUGGAGUGCAUUCGCGGCAAUAUGGAACCAUGGAACACGAGUACCUCAGCCCGGAUGGACAGACAUAUCAAAUGCCGGCAGAAAUGCGGCGCGGGAGCGUGGGGGCGUCUUAUAAUCUUCACGCGAAGAAGAAGUCCCUUCUGGUUGACAGGCAUCCAGCCUACCUAUCUCAGCUCCCCGAUGCAGCCUUGUUCAGAAAGAUGGAUAAGCAGAGGUCACCCCUGGCUCAUGAAGACAUGCAGAGGCAGAAACUUCCAAUGAGUAACGGAAGUGCCUUUGACCCUGUGUCCCAUCUGCGUGUGCCCCUGGCUACCCCCUGGGGCCACAACCUGGGGAGUCGACAAGAGGCCAUGGAGCCCCCAAAACUCUCUGUCACCGCCCCGGCUGAGGAUUCCCUACCUAUACAGGGAGACAACUCCGUGUGGGACCGGGCUAGGAUGAACGACAGAGUUACUUGCCCUUAUAGUAACAGAGCGUCCAAGUCGCCGGAGGCACCUCCAAGUGAGGAGAUUUUCCACAAAAAGUUUGACAAGUUCAGAAAAUUGAUGCCCCCGCAGGCCGGCACUGAAGAGACGAAACAGAUGGAGAAUCUGAGCCUGAACGAUGACAGGAUGCAUGGCGAGGUGAUGGUUGUAGAUGGGGAGGACGAAGGAGAGAUGAAGGGGAGCAGUUUUAGAGGUUCCACAGCUGAGCAAAUCCGGAAGUCGGCUGGUGAGUCUCACCCCCAGCUUCUUGCCCAGCUGAAGUCGGCUGGUGAGUCUCACCCCCAGCUUCUUGCCCAGCUGAAAUCUGGUCCUCACUUUAUGCCUGCAGUGAUUCAUUCAGCAUUUCCAACGAUGACGGCUGGUCCGUCCCCGUUCCAGAAUGUUCAGCAGAAUCAUAUGUCGGCUACAUUAAUCAAACACGAAUCAUCUUCUGCCAGUCCCAGUGCAAUGGAAACAGAUAUGGUAAUGAAGUUGAAUGGGAGUGGCAGUUUCACCCCUGGUGGUAGCGUAGUUUUGUCUGUUCCACAGAAGCCCUACCCGGUCCACAGUCCCACAAGCAACGCCCAUAGCAAUCACCAUAGCAACGCUCCGCCCACUGGACAAUCUCUGAUGAGUAGCCACCCUUGCCUGCAAAACAUUCUCCACUCUGACAGUGGCAGCCUACAGAACAGAUCCGGGGAUGUGCACUUUCCCCAAGAGAAACUUCUGCUGACGACCGCAAUUACUGUCAAAGGGGGCGAGAUGCAACGAAAAGUUCCAAACUCUGAAGGGAUGGCUUCGCAUUCACAAUCUUCCGCCGCGAACAAAGCUGGGAAUGAUGAUGGCAAUAGUUUUAGGAACGGGCAUGCUCAAAGUGGAAUGUUUGGGGUCCGUUUAGGGCCUCGACCACCCAUGGAGGGUCACCCACCUUCCCAGGGGUUGGUGAAUCAGUAUCUCCUGUACCAACACAUGUAUCCGCAGAUUGAUCCCCAGCAAAUGCAGUCUGGGAUGGCGGCCUACAACAAACACCUGGCCAGUAUGCAGCAGAUGGUCUAUGGGGGAAAUCCAGCAAUAAUGCGCAGAAGCAGUGGCGGUGACCUUCCACUUAAUCUAUCUCAAGUGUCAGCGGCAAAUCAUAGUCCAGAGGAGGCAACUGAAAUGAUUAUGAAGAUCAAGGAAGAAGUGCAGUCUUAGUAACUUCCCUUUGUUAUAGGAAUUUUUUAAAGAUCGAAAUGUCAGCAAAGACUAAAUCACUUUUGUGGUGUUUGACAUAGAUGGUAAACAAUUAAGAGGCAUACAGUUGUAAUUCUAAUGAGAAACUUUGGAGCUGUUUUGAUUGCAAAGGGAGAAACUGUCAUUUUCAAUGUUCUGCAUGUGUGAAAGUGGAACAAGUUUUGAAAGACAAAAUACUUAUUGUGGUCCAAAACAGCGGGAUACUCAAUGUAGUGUUACAGAUUUGGCAGCUGCAAAAAGUUUAUCACUGAUAAGAAACAGUUAUUUUAAAAUCAUAGUUUAUUUUAGUUCGCAAAUUAUGUCAUUCUGCCAAGUAUUGUUUCUUAAAAUAAAAAAAGUAUACUCGUCACACUUAAUUAAAUGACUUAUCAUCAAACUGAUAAUUAAAUGACUUAUCAUCAAACUGAUAAUUAAAUGACUUAUCAUCAAACUGUUAAUUAAAUGACUUAUCAUCAAACUGAUAAUUAAAUGACUUAUCAUCAAACUGAUAAUUAAAUGACUUAUCAUCAAACUGAUAAUUAAAUGACUUAUCAUCAAACUGAUAAUUAAAUGACUUAUCAUCAAAACUGAUUUAUAAUGUGUAUGAUGU